AUGGCUUCCGCUCCCCCUGUCUUGGCCCUAGAAGUCGCCCUCAAAGCCAUCCCAGACCACAAGGCUCCUGGCAUUACGGGCACUCGCAUUGCUGCCAUGACCAGCAUCUGUGUUGACAACGUUCAGUAUGAGUCGGCCCUCGUCCAGAAGCUGUUCACCUACUUCACGAUAGCAACUCCUCCUUACAAGCUCGGCGUUCUAUAUGUUAUAGACUCAGUGAUCCGUAAGUGGCUUGCGCAGGCUAGAAGCCGUCAGCAAGUUUACGAUGAGAAUGCCGCAGAUGGCACUUGCGGUGCUGGCGCGCAUCGACUGACGGUGCUGAUGCCUAACCUCAUCGAUGACCUGCUUCGAGCUUUGCCCGACGGCUACAAGGACAAGUUGCAUAAGUUGAUUGUAAUUUGGCGCAAGGCCUCGACGUUCCCCGAUGAAAUGAUAGAGUCAUUCCAGAGCAAGCUGGAGGCUACGCCUGUCCCCGUUCCAAAUUUCCAAGGACAGAACCAGGGAGAGCCUCAAUGCAGCGGCCAGAGCCAGAUCCACAAACAAUCUCAGCAUGGCGGUCCUGAUCACAACAAUGGCCAACAGCAGAAUGGCAACCAGACCUAUAGCCAACCCCAGAUCCCCGCCCAGGCACAGAGUAUCACGCAGGUGCCAACCUACCUGCCGAACCUGCUCCCCAGACCCCAUAGUAUCAUGCCUCAGGAGCAACAGCAACAGCAACUGCAGCAGCAGCAGCCGCAGCCGACUGCGCCUCCCAUGAACUCCCAACAGUUCCCAUACUCAAUGCCUCCCUUUACGAACAGCAAUCUCACCGCGCCAAAUCCAGCCCGGUUUCUUCUGCCAUCGGCUCAGUCCCAGGGCCCGCCUACUAGGAUACAGUUUUCAGACCAGCCUCGGAUACCCAAGCUGCCUCGCCAGGUCGCCGGUGUCUACCCCAACACCGCUCAGCAGAUGGCGAUGUUUCGGAUGACCCCCAGUCAAGGCACUGCUACCGACAGGUUUGCUGUCGUGCUCACGUCCGUCAGCGGCAGCCAUAACGGUGUUGCUCCCGUGGUAUCUACUGCCCCAGCGGCCUCUAGCCUUUCGACCCCGCCUGCUCCAGCCAUCACCGCUGUGCAGAAUCACUACAUCUCGGGACAGGGACAUGGCGGCUCUGCUCAGCCCAACGAUAACCUCGACCAGCAUCGGUACGACAACCGCGCUCGAUUCGGAUGGCCCAGCCGCCGUGAUAGUAGAGUCAAGCGUCGAGGCAGCAAGCAUCGUCAGCGUAAUCUGCCGCUGAGCCGCGAUGGUAGCCGCAGCAACGGCUCUCGCCACGGUUCAAACGACAAGCGGGUCGAACUCGACCGAUCUCUUUCCGCCGGCCACAUCAAGAGUCUCAGCCGAAGCCUUCUGAGCAGAAGCAUGCAGACUAGAUGGAGUGUAGGCUUUGGUCCGCGUGAUGCUAGCGACUACGGCAAUAACUCUAGACCCAUUGUGCCUGGAUUGGUCGUCGAGGCGCCCGACAUCGAACAUGGCGUCGGUGUGUCCCCAAAGGCCAUCAGCCGCCGCAUGCAGAGGGGCAAGAGCGGUAACGAUGGUCCUCGCUCUGUCCCUGGCGGACUUGAUGCAUGUCAUGAUGACCCUGGCCGCCGGAGCCGCAACCGUGGGAACCGCCGUGGUAAUCCUCCCGACGGUGAAAAGGACUCUGUCACCAACGGUCAGCCACCCCCGCAGCCAUUUCCCUUAGGUAUCGGCACCCUGCACAACGACAUGACUACCCAUACUCGGGCUUCACGUUCCCGGCCACCAAGGGCAACUAUUAGUCGUUCGAUUCUCUCACUUCCUUAA